UUCCCUCCCGCACUCGCUGCUGCUGGUUGGCUACAUUGUAUCAGUUCCCACACGAAGAAUCUCCGCGGCGCUCGUCCAGAAACAGUGAACACGGAGGAAUUAACCUGGAUGGGAAGCUGUUCGCUGUGGGAUUAAUAUCCACAGGGUCGCCGGACAGGAGCGCACUUGGCGGGCACCGAUCAAAAUGUCCCCCGGACUCGCUUGUUUGCGGUGUGCACAGUAUCUCGAAGUGUGAUGGCAGAAGUCCAGUGAAUCGCUGGCCUCUCCUCCUCCUCUCUUGUGUUGGAUGUCUAGGGAGUGCGCUGCCACUGGAUUGUGGUGCUUCGGAUUUUUUUUUUUCUCUCAUGGUUUUAUUGUCAUUCAGGCUCGUCACAGUGACUUGUUUUAUGGAGUGCACAGCACCAUGGACACACCGGGGUUUGGAAUAGGAGAGGGUAGCUAAGUCGGGAAUAUGUGGUUAAAUGGAACAGGAACAAGUACACCGUGAGGAUUCGUUAACCCUUGCCCCGGAGUCCCAACUCGCUGAGAGGGUGUCGGACCUCACUGAGGCAAUCCUGGGCCGUUGGCACUAAAAUGUCCCUAAGUGGUGGCACUGCAGGCGGGAAAGGUGUGGACUCUAAUGCGGUGGACACUUAUGACAGCGGGGAUGAGUGGGAUAUCGGUGUUGGAAAUCUGAUUAUUGACCUUGACGCUGAUUUAGAGAAAGACAAACUUGAGAUGUCUGGUACCAAGGACGGUAUGGCGGCACCACCCAGUGCGGUGGCAGCGUUACCUGACAACAUCAGGUUUGUUAGUCCAGUGUCUGGCUCUCAAGGUAAGGAAAGCAAAUCCAAAUACAAGCGCAGUAAGAACUCUAAAGACAAUAGUAGCAAAGCUUCGGUUGGAGAUGGCAGUAAAAAAGAAACUGCAGGACGGACUCAGGGGGAGCCGACAGGUACAGCAGUGGGAACAGGAGCUGCUGGCGGUAAUUCCACCUCAGGGAGGAAUAUGGAAAAAGUUGGCAAAGCCUCUCGAGGUGUUCUGAGUGGUAAAAAAGAGAAAGAAGGGGCUAGUGGCAAAAGUAAGAAGGACAAAACAGAUGGGGCCCCAGUUGUAGCAAUAGCUGCUUCAGAGAUGGAUGUUGUGUCUCAAGCCCAAGUUGCUCUGGGGAAUAGUCGUAAUGUGUCCUUUGAGAACACACAAUCAACAGACUUGGCAGAAGCCAAUCAAAUGGGGAAUAUUGCACUUGAACAAGUUGGGAUAGUACCAGCAUUGACCGCAAAAACUGAACCAGAGGAGGUGGAAAAUGGUAGCAGUGAAUGCAAGACAUUAAAGAAGGUGAAAAAUGAAAAGAUGGAAUCUCCUGUCUCCACGCCAGCCCCUCCCCCCCUCCACCUCCUGGCUACAGUCAGCAACAGUGAGAUUGCCUCGCCGUGUGAGCAGAUAAUGGUCCGUACACGCUCGGUGGCAGUGAACACAUCCGAUGUGGCACUGGCUACAGAACCUGAAUGCUUAGGGCCCUGUGAGCCUGGAACCAGUGUCAAUCUUGAAGGCAUUGUGUGGCAGGAAACUGAGGACGGCAUGCUGGUUGUCAAUGUUACUUGGAGAAACAAGACAUAUGUCGGCACCUUAUUGGACUGUACACGACAUGACUGGGCUCCUCCCAGGUUUUGUGAAUCCCCCACCAGUGAUCUGGAGAUGAGGAAUGGCCGUGGUCGAGGCAAGCGCAUGAGACCGAAUAGCAACACCCCCAUCAACGAGAACAGUAAUUCAUCAGAUAACAAAGGUGCCACCAAUAACAAGACACGCGCUGCAACUAACAGCAAGGGUCGAAGGGGCAGCCAAACACCGUCAGAGCGCCGCACUCCACCUAACAGUAACACAGAGGACAUCAAGGCCAGUCCCUCCUCAGCUGGGAAACGCAAGACUAAACCAACCUCAGAUAUGGAGCCAAAUUCAAGCUCGGAGGACACCAAAGGCAACAAACGUAUGCGGACAAACUCUAACAAUGGAGGGGUGGGACCAACAGGUCUGCCCAUUCCUUCUAUAAAAACUGAGCCUCUUCCACCUAGCCUCGAUCGCAGCUGCCCCUCUCCAGUUCUUAUUGAUUGCCCACACCCUAACUGCAACAAGAAGUACAAACACAUCAAUGGUCUCAAGUACCACCAAGCCCGUGCCCACAAUGAUGAUGACAUUAAGUUGGAAAUGGAUGGAGACAGUGAAUACGGGGAGGACUCGACUCUCCACCCUGAACCAGGGAACUGUAAUGGAGCAUCUAUAUCUCAGAAAGGAUCCCUGUCUCCAGCACGGUCAGUUACUCCAAAAGGCCGGAACUUUGAUGCUCAAAGUCCUUCCCCAUCUCCUGGUAAGUUUGGCUCAAAGCAGAGUAAAAAGAAAAUCACUGAGACAGAUCCAGAAACAGGAAGUACACCAAUGGAUGGAUGCGAGGAUGGGCCAUGUCUUACUGAUGAGGCCAGUAAUGAUGGCAUAGAUGAUAAGAGAGGAUCAGAUAAGUCUAAAAAGGCGAGCACAAAGGCUGAUAAAAUGGCCCAGAAAAACACAAAGUCACCACGGCCCAUUGGCUCUGGCACGACAGCAUCCCAGCAGGUGUACUCCUUUCCUCCUGGAAACCCAAAUGCUACCCCUGGAGUAGCCCCUAUCAUACAAGGUAUCCCCAAGAGUCCCCAAAUGAAAGGCACACAGCCUAAACCACCUGCCAUUGCAGAUCCUGCCUCGAGUAGCUCCAAAGACAAGAAAAAGAAAGACAAGAAGAAAAAGGAUGGUGGGAAGGAGGCUGACAGCCCUAAGCCUCCAGGGAAGGGAGGGAAACUAGAGGAAGGUAAGCUUCCCUACCCAGAACCUUGUGAUCAAGGAAAUAAAGGGGAAGGACUCCUCAAUGGUUCCUCAGAUCCUCAUCAGAGUCGCUUAGCCAGUAUCAAGGCUGAAGCUGACAAGAUUUACAGCUUUUCAGACAAUGCACCUAGUCCAUCUAUUGGUGUAGCCAGUCGGAUAGAUGGUAGUGGAAUGCCACAGCCUCUCACACCACUUCAUGUGAACCAGAAUGGUGCUGACAAUUCUUCAGUCAAAACUAAUAGCCCAGCAUAUUCGGACAUUUCAGAUGCCGGUGAAGAUGGCGAAGGGAGAGUAGAAGGCGGCAAAGUCAGGACAGAGGACCCAGCCGUCAGAGAAAGUGUCAAAAAAGCACUUUUUUCAAGUCAAACACCCAACAAAGAGUCCCCCUACUAUGCCGGCUAUGAGACAUAUUACUCACCCAAUUAUGUCAACCCCAGCGUCAGUGGACCCAAUCCAGGCACACCAUUGGCUGAAGGACAGGUUAAGAUCAAAAGGGAAGAUGAUCAGGACCAAACUGAGGAGAAAAUCAAGGCAGAGGUUCAUGAAGAGCGCAAACCAGACAACUGUGUUCCUGCACCGCAACAACAACAACAACAACAACAGCAGCAGCAACAACAACAGCAGCAGCAGCAGCAACAGCAGCAGCAGCAACAACAACAGCAACAACAACAGCAGCAACAGCAACAGCAGCAGCAACAACAACAGCAACAGCAACAGCAACAGCAACAGCAACCCUCAGUCAUCCAACAGCGAUCCAACAUGUACAUGCAACCUCUUUACUACAACCAGUAUGCCUAUGUACCCCCAUAUGCAUACCAUCCUGAUCAGGCCUACCAUAACCAUUUGAUUAACACCAACCCAGCCUACAGACAACAGUAUGAGGAGCGCCAGCGACAGAUGGCUGAACAGCAUCGUGCUGCUGAAAAGAAGUCAGAUGUGGUCAUAAAAGAACGAGAAGUCUCCAUGAAGGAGGAGUGGAAACAAAAGAGCCCGAUGCCACCAAGCCUCUCCAAAGCUCCAAGUCAGUCCGAACUUGGAAAAACGUCGCAGCCUCCAGGAAAGUCAAGGGACUCGCCCUCUGAGCCCUCCUCCAAAUCCAUUGUAAGCAUAAAGGGUGAGGACACAAAGUCCCAGCAAGCUGAGGGGCUGAAGAUGAAGCUGACUGAAGGGGGACACCAUGGAAAGGAAGACUCCAAACAAAUACUCGAGUCCAGAGGUCAGGCAGGGAUGGAGCAGGCCAUGUGGUACAGACAGCAGUACCCUGAGAGCCAGAAGCCCCAGGUGGAAGAUGAACACCAGCAACCUCGAUGGAAAGACGAAAGGGACAGAGAGCGAGAACGGGAGCGUAAAUUAAAGGAUGAUAGGCCGAGGUCCAAGGACAGUCAAAGUGGGCCCAAGGAUGAUGGCAAAGAAAUGUGUGAUCCCAGAAUUACUUCUGAGGACCACCGGGUUCUGAGCAAAGACUCUCGUACUAAUCCCCACAUGCAGUUUGCAUCACCACUAGCACAACACCAAGGCUACAUGCCCUACAUGCAUGGUUACCCUUAUGGACAAGGCUAUGACCCCAACCACCCUGGAUACAGGGGUAUGCCCUCAGUCAUGAUGCAGAAUUACCCAGGUUCCUACCUAUCUGGAGGUUAUCCGUUUUCUCCAUAUGGAAGUAAAAUUGCUGGAAGUGAGGAAGGCGGUGACAAAUCUCGUACGAGCCCUACUGUCACCAAAACAGCAACAGACUCCAAAGCCCUGGAGGUCCUGCAUCAACAUGCCAGCCAAUACAAGAGCAAAUCGCCCACAGUAGGUGACAAGCCACUCCAUGACCGGGAGAGAGAGCAGGACAGAGGCGCUGUCGGAGACAGAGAGCGGGAAAGGGAGCGCGAGAGGGAGCGAGAAAGAGACAUGGACCGGCCACGAACCUCCCCCUCCCAGCGCAUCAUACCCUCUCACCACCACCUGGGAUACCCCUUGCUCUCAGGGCAAUAUGACCUGUCCUAUACCACAGGAAAACCUGACCGCCACACCUCAACCCUGCAAAGAUUCAUGUGACUGGCUCACAUGAGAUGAAGAUCUCCUGGGUGUUAACCUUUUAGACAUCAGUUCAAUGGUGUUUCUAUCUAUAUUUUUAUUUCUUCUGCCAUAAGGACAGGCAGA